UAUCCUAAACUAGAUAUUAUUACAAAGACAAUUAACUCAUCAAAUACAAUAAUAUUAAAUACAAUAUUACAUAUAUCUCAAGGUAAAGCAUUAAAAUUAUCCAAUAAUAAAAAUCAUCAUCAUCAUCAUCAUAAUAAACAAUUAUUAACAUCAAAAUAUAUUACCAAAUUGUCAAAUGAUUCCAUAUUGAUUGAACAUUCUUAUUUAAUUGUACGUUUACCUUGGUGUCAUCAAAUGCAAUCAUUAUACGAUUCAUCAGCCCCUAAUUUAGAUCAAUAUCAUUCUAAUGUUUCAUGGUUAAGUGGUUCAUGUCCACAAUAUGCAUUCACUUUGAGAUCACAAUGUUUGUUAAAUCAA